UUCUCACUAUUGUUGAACAUAUUCUUUUCCAAUUUUGCAACGUAUUCAGUGGCAAGGCCAAGAAUGAACGUGGCGUAGCGCUGUGGCCAUUGAAGCUGUACUUAUUUAUCAAGGCGAUUCCCAACAUCAACCUGUUAUUUCACGUUGUCGACAUCCAACGCCAGGAACCUGGCCUAUCUGUCGCUCUGUUACAAGACCCGCGAAACACGAUAUAGGGAAGCUCAACCAACUAUUAAUCUGGUUUGCAGGAACUUGGUGUUGGAAAGAGAAGGAGGCCCUAGGCCUCGCGGCUAGUAUAUUUAAACAGCUGUUCAGAACAUCCUCCCAAGUCUCUGAACGACUGGAUUUCUUGUAGGGUUAUACUAGUAAAGUAAAUUUAUUUCGUUACUUUUGUUCUCGGCAAGCCCGAACCAAACUGAAAAGUACCUACUUGGCUAGCUAGUAGGCACAUUAUUUGAAGGUGAAGAAGAGUUGGAAACGCGGGACGUAUCGUUAUUGUUCCACGUUUGGGACAUUGAACGAGGAUAUUGAGAGAGAUAAACGGCAACGAAUUUUACGAUGGCCGAACAACCGCUUUGCUUUCCGCAAUUUACCAAGCUACCCUUGGAACUGCGAGAUAUGAUAUGGGGAUACGCACUCCCUGAGCCUAGAGUCUUCGAGGUCCUGGAUUCUCCGACCUCUAUACCAUCGACAUCUUCGCCCUCGGGGCGGCUGAUGUUCGCAGAUAUCCGGAACGAACCCCCACCCUCCAUAGCGCGGGUCUGUCGCGAUGCUCGGCAGGCUGUACUGCGUCGCUAUAAACCGAUCGCCCUUUCUGGGACAGUCAAACACCUGGACUUGUGUCGGGAUAUCAUCUUGCUAGAUUCCUAUCUACAAGUAAAGAGGCUUUUGAAAGUGGUGCGCCUUCUAAGUCAGAUCGAGCCUAUCCGCCGGAGCGUGACUAGGCUGGCCCUCGGCACAUCUUGGGGUCUACACACGGGGCUGCACCUACGGAUGUUCCACCGCACCGUGCAAACCAAGCGCAACAUGGCGCGGUUCCUCGAGUACGUGUCGAAGUUUUGCCAGCUCGAGACCAUCAUCCUGGUCGUGUACCAGCGCUCAGCCUUCAAUGUCCGGCAGCGGUGCUGCCCGCACAACCAACACCACCACCACUAUCACCAUCACCACCAGCAACAGCGCCUGCCCUGGCGCCACUACGACCUCUACGAGCCCUACCACUUCAACUUCAACGUCAACUUCAACUUCGACAACUACUGGUCGCGCCGCCCCUACCAGAGCAAGCUCGUCCGCUACGACCCCGUCGACGACCGCACCGAGAUGGAGAAGAUGCAGCCGCCGCUACCGCUAGCCCGCCACACUAAGCAGUGUAUCCACGACCCCCAGCCCCGCGGCUACCAGGUGCAUGAUCUCAAGGGCACUUUUGAGAGCUGGCUGCAGAAGUUCGCGGAGGACGAGACGCUGGGGCCGACGCUCAAGGUACCCGGCUUGGAGACCGCGACGCUGACUUGGAUUUAUACCGGCGUGAGGAAUGGAAGUCUCUAUUAAGAAAAGAAUUAAGAGGGGAGAGGAGGGAGUUAUGGAUUAUGGUUAUUACAUGGAAGGGGAGGGGAUCGGGAUAGACGGCGCGGCAAAUAACUACAUUAUAGCUGGAGGCGUUCACGCCGGCAUGGAAUACCUACCUUAUCAUGUAUCUCAUCGGAGGCGUUGGAAGCGUUCACCAUACUGCUUUUGUUGGUAUUGUAUAUACUGUUGUAAUUUUAUUUGCAUAGAAUACUAACUUUACUUGAAGGUUACCUGCUGGUACUUACUUUGCUCAGGUAUCUAUCUAUCUACUAACCUGG